UCUAUAUAGAGAGAGAGAAUAUCAUUAUACUACCAUAUAGUAUAACAUUUCAAUUCCAACUUUUGAAAACUAUACUUUAAGCUGAGAGGCUUGAAAUAAGAGUACAAUAAAAGAAACAAGAGAGACUGUAUUAUAAACCUUCUCACUUGUUUCUUUUGAAUAGAAAGUUUGGCAAGAGUCAAUAAUAUUUCUAUUUUGGGAUCUUCUUCAAGUCCUAAACAAAAAAUCAUUAUGGAGUCUGAAAAUCUUCAUCAACAUCAUCAGCUCCAGCCACAAAUUGUUGGGUUGUGUUCUUCUUUAGCAACCCAAUCUGGCUGUGGAGUAUCAACCUUCAAUGAUUGGAGUCCAAGCAUCAUACCAAAUGUGAGUGACUAUAGCACAUACAUGAAUGAAAUCCUCCCAAACUCAUCAAGGGACUACUCAAGGCCAAAGAAUGCAAAUUCUACCAUUCAAAGCACUGGUUUUUAUGAUAAGAGAAGCUUUGCUGACCAAUCUGCAGCCAAUACAUUGCAAUUCGGAAUGAUGACGACGAGGGAAGAAACAUCAGAAUGUCUCCCCAAAUUUAGUGACAUGAUUCAUAAACAUGACCAACUAUAUGUACUUGAUCUUGGUGAGACUUCUCCAAUCAUCGAGCCGUUCUCAUAUGGUGAAAGUUGCGGUAUGUUGAGUGGUUUAGCUCCACCUAGGACUACUUAUAACUUUGGGCAUGAUCCAAGUACUACAAGUAUUUCAAAUUUGGAUUUUUCUUCUUCAAGAGGUUCAAGUUCUCUAGGUCUGAACUUGGCUUUGGAUCUCUUGACCUCUACAAAUAAUAGUAAUGGCGGGAGUUGCAGCCAGUCUUCAUAUGAUAGUUUUGGUUUUCUUGGAGAAGAUGUUUCUUUGGGCCAAGUUCAUGUGGAAGAAUCAAGUGAUACUCCAUCAAGUAGCUCAAACAAAGCAUCAUCUGCAGCCUCUAAGAAGGAAGUUAGAAGAACAAAGAGAGUAAUGGGUAGCUCAUCUUCCGAACCAAAGCCAUCUCACGAAGCAGCUAAGAAGUCUAGACUCACGUCACACUCUCCAUGUCCACCUUUUAAGGUAAGAAAAGAGAAAUUAGGAGACAGGGUUGCAGCUCUUCACAGAUUGGUGGCACCUUUCGGCAAGACUGAUACAGCGUCCGUACUAACGGAAGCUAUUGGAUACAUACAAUUCCUUCAGAACCAGAUUCAGAAACUGACAGUGCCAUAUAUGAAGUCAUCUUCCAACAGCCAUUGUAGAACGAUUCAAGGGACUCCAAACAUGGAGGAUGGAGAGGAAGAAUUGAAACAAGACGACCUCAGAAGUAGAGGGUUAUGCCUAGCACCCCUAUCAUUUACGUCAUAUAUAUCUGCUUACAACUGAAGUGUAUAUAUAUAUAUGAAGCCAUCCCCCUGACCUCCUCAGUAAUGAGACCAGUAUGCUGCUACAAAAAUGGUAAAAGAUCGUUUGUAAACAGUAUGAAGAUUUUUCGUGUUUUAGUGGAUCAAAUUGGUCAUUCUCUAAAAUGUUUCUAAAAUAGAGCACCAUUUAAUCCAUUAAAAGCUGUGUUGCUUCCAGUUCA